CCCGACCCCACUCCAAAUCUCGGUAGCCCAACACCACAACUCUCUUUCUUCCAACGCUUCAAGCAGCUGGGCAAAGAAUAUGGCUGGGUGGUAACAGGCGUCUAUCUCGGCCUGUCUGCUCUGGAUCUUCCCUUCUGCUUCCUGGCUGUCAGAGCCCUUGGUACAGACCGUGUCGCCCGCUGGGAACACGCCAUCGUCGGCACCAUUAAGGAUGCUGUCAAGGCUGUCAUGCCCGACAUUGGCUCAAAGGCCGAUGACGCUGUAGAACAAGUCGAGACUGCCGUCGGCGGCCCUGCCGCUAGGGAAGGCAAUGUAUGGGGCGUGCCUGAAGCAGAGGCGCGCAACAAGGAAGAAGCAUCACUGUGGACACAGUUCGUUCUCGCCUACGCCAUCCAUAAGUCGUUCAUCUUUGUCCGAGUACCACUGGCCGUAGCCGUCACUCCAAAGGUCGUCAAGAUCCUGAGAUCCUGGGGAUGGCAAAUCGGAAAGAAGAAGCUCAAGCCGACC